AUGGUUCAAUUGAAACUACUCUCGUUGUUAGCUGCAGGUUCGUCUGUUGCACAAGCCGCUACUGCUCCAAAGGCAUGUAACCCAUUGAAGGCCACUAGCUGUUCUCCUGAUACCGCCCUAGGUACCAGUAUUGCAGAAGACUUUACUAAGGACUCACCUUGGUUUCCCUACGUCAUGGGUGGUGGAUUAGUCAACUACACCAAUGAAGGUCUGGCUAUGACACUAGAUAAAAGAUACAACAAUCCAACAUUACAAUCUGAUUUCUACAUCAUGUACGGUAAGGUCGAAGUGGAACUCAAAGCAGGUCCAGGUAGGGGUGUGAUUUCAUCUUUUUACUUGCAAAGUGAUGAUUUAGACGAAUUGGAUAUCGAAUGGGUUGGUAGCGAUAACACUCAAUUCCAAUCUAACUACUUCUCCAAGGGUAACACCACUACUUACGACAGAGGUCAAUUCCAUGGUGUCGACAGCCCAGUGGACAAAUUCCACAACUACACUUUGGAUUGGAAUGUUGACAAGGCUACUUGGGCUCUCGAUGGUCAAGUGGUAAGAACUUUAACUAAUGACAGCAGUGAAGGUUACCCACAAACCCCAAUGUUCAUCAAAAUGGGUAUCUGGGCUGGUGGUGACCCUGAUAACGCUCCAGGUACUAUUGAAUGGGCCGGUGGUAAGAUUGAUUACUCUCAAGCACCUUUCAGCAUGUACGUGAAAAGAGUUGUCGUUACUGAUUACUCUAGCGGUAAGAAGUACAGUUACCAGGGCCAAUCUGGUUCUUGGGAGUCCAUUGAAGCCGAGGAUGGUGAAGUGUUGGGCAGAGCUUCUCAAGCUAACGAAGAUUACAGCGUUUUGAACAACGGUGGUCAGAUCUCAAGUGCGACUCCAAGAAGCUUGUCUAGUACAACAAGCUCUUCUAAGAGCCAAUCUACUAGCCAAUCCUCUAGUCACUCAAUGAACAGCACUACUACUAGCCACUCAAUGAACAGCACUACCACUUCUGAUAUCAAGACCAGCAGCAGCAGUAAUGCUACUUCAUCUCACGCAUUGGCUUCCAAGACUUCUUCCUCUGAUCAGAGUUCCAAUUCUGAAGCUCGCUCCACUCUGAAGCCAACAUCUACUAGCAAAUCUAAGGAGGAUGAAGCUACAUCAUCCUCUACUUCCGAAGUGAGCGAUUCCAAAUCCGCAUCUGGCACCGCAGCAGCAGCAGCCUCAGACUCUUCAAGCUCCUCUGCUUCUGCAUCUGCAUCUGAUUCCAGCUCAUCUGGCUCUGCCUCUCCUUCUCACGACUUACAGCCUGCAUCUAACGUCGCUGCUGCUGUUGGAUUUUCUGCAAACUCUUUGCCAUUUUUCGCCGCUGUCGUGGCUUUAUUGCUUUGA